UCCGACUGGAUCCACAGUCUCCUCUUUUAUAGUCCAUCUAUGCAAAUAAGGUAUGCAAGAAUAUCCGGAUCUGAUUUGAUAAUAAAUUAGUGACGAGAAAUAUGUAAAUUUGAAUGCGUCAAAUCUUCUUUCUUAUUGGUUGGAUCUCCAAACGAUGACUCUAACCAAUCCCAACUCGAGUAUUCCACUUCCAUUCAGCACUAUAAUUGGCAUCCUUUCGCUGCUUCCAGGACAUCUUUUUUGGCUGUUCCUGCGGGCUUUUGCUCUCACUUAACACUCGCUAUGUCCGGACGCGGGAAGCAGGGCGGCAAGGCUCGCGCCAAGGCCAAGACGCGCUCGUCGCGGGCGGGCCUGCAGUUCCCGGUGGGCCGCGUGCACCGCCUGCUCCGCAAGGGCAACUACUCGGAGCGGGUCGGGGCCGGAGCGCCGGUGUACCUGGCGGCCGUGCUCGAGUACCUGACGGCCGAGAUCCUGGAGCUGGCGGGCAACGCGGCGCGCGACAACAAGAAGACGCGCAUCAUCCCGCGCCACCUGCAGCUGGCCAUCCGCAACGACGAGGAGCUCAACAAGCUGCUGGGCAAGGUCACCAUCGCGCAGGGCGGCGUGCUGCCCAACAUCCAGGCCGUGCUGCUGCCCAAGAAGACCGAGAGCCACCACAAGGCCAAGGGCAAGUGAGAUGUUAACAAAACCAGCACUCCCUCUCCCACCAACCAAAGGCUCUUUUAAGAGCCACCCA